AUGUCGACCACCGUGGAUAAGAUCAAGCAAAUCGAGGACGAGAUGGCUCGGACUCAGAAGAACAAGAACACCUCCUUCCACUUGGGACAGCUGAAGGCUAAGCUGGCGAAGCUAAAGAGAGAACUUUUGACCCCGUCCGGGGGCGGUGGUGGAGGUGGCGCUGGUUUCGAUGUUGCCCGUACCGGUGUCGCGAGUGUUGGUUUCAUUGGUUUCCCGUCCGUCGGAAAGAGUACUCUGAUGAGUAGAUUAACAGGCCAGCAUUCCGAAGCUGCUGCCUAUGAAUUCACAACUUUGACCACCGUGCCCGGACAAGUGAUGUACAACGGCGCCAAGAUUCAGAUUCUCGAUCUUCCGGGUAUUAUUCAGGGUGCCAAGGAUGGUAAAGGUCGUGGUCGUCAGGUUAUUGCGGUGUCGAAGACGUGCAACCUAAUCUUCAUCGUCCUCGAUGUCAACAAGCCUUUGGUCGACAAGAAGGUUAUUGAAAACGAAUUGGAAGGGUUCGGCAUCCGUAUCAACAAGCAACCUCCCAACAUCGUUUUCAAAAAGAAGGACAAGGGUGGUAUCGCCAUCACGAGCACCGUUCCCUUGACCCAUAUCGAUCACGACGAAAUCAAAGCUGUCAUGAACGAAUAUAAGAUUUCUUCGGCCGAUAUUUCUAUUCGUUGCGACGCCACCAUUGACGACCUGAUUGACAUCCUGGAAGCCAAGAGCCGAAGCUACAUCCCCGUCAUUUAUGCGUUGAACAAGAUUGACUCCAUCACGAUCGAGGAGCUGGACCUUCUUUACCGUAUUCCGAACGCCUGCCCCAUCAGUUCCGAGCACGGCUGGAACGUCGAUGAAUUGUUGGAACAGAUGUGGGAGAAGCUCAACCUGCGGAGAAUUUACACUAAGCCCAAGGGCAAGGCGCCGGAUUACACAGCACCCGUUGUGCUUCGGGCCAAUGCUUGCACGGUGGAAGAUUUCUGUAAUUCCAUUCAUCGGUCGAUCAAGGAACAGUUCAAGCAAGCUAUUGUGUACGGACGCUCAGUCAAGCACCAACCGCAGCGUGUCGGACUUACGCACGAGCUCGCUGAUGAAGAUAUUGUGUCGAUUAUCAAGCGGUAA